ACUCUGGGGACAAAUGGCACUUUAGAAACGAAGAGGACACAAAAAGCGCAAACUUUCCCUUUGAUGAAGAGUCCAUCAAUUAACAUCACAAGAGGCGUUCACGUGUCCUACCGGCGGAAAAUCCAGCAUUAGCAAAUAAUGACAAGCUGAGGCACAAAGAGGAACACGGAGCAGAAGAAAGGAGGAACAUUUUAACCAGAUGCCCUGCAAUAAAUAACCCACUCUGCUCCCCCCCAGCUGAGCGCGUGCAUUUACAUUCUGGAGUGUCCACGCGGGGGUCUGGAGCGUGUCUGUGAGCGCGAGGCAGCGAUUGUUCCUGCAGCUUCAUUUGGAUAACUUGUAAUGAAAUGUAAAUGUGCAGGCGUGUGCAGAGCAGAGGAUAUAAACCCGAGAGGAGGAGAGGAGAGGCGCACACUGAACCCUGCGCACUGAUCCACGGAGAGCUGACAUGCAGCCUGCAGCCAAACACCCUCUGACGCACAGGACGCCCUUCUCUGUGGAGGACAUCCUUGACCCUGCUAAGUUUACCAAGAGGAGAAGCUGGGCUGAGGAUGCAGAGACAACAGAAGUUUUUCCCUCCAGGGUUAAACCCAGAGAGUGUCCGCCUCCUCCUGCAGAUGGGAUCAGCAGCCCGGAGGAAGAUGAGGAGGAAGAGGAGGAGCCUCAGAGCCCGGUGAAGCGUCAGAGAUCCAAAACGAAACGCCGUCGUAUCCGCACCGCCUUCACGCUGCAGCAGCUGCAGGUCCUGGAACACAGCUUCCACAGGUCUCACUACCUGUCGGUGCUGGAGCGGCACGCCAUCGCCGCCGCCCUGCGCCUCUCAGAGACUCAGGUGAAGAUCUGGUUUCAGAACAGACGCACCAAGUGGAAGAAGGAGCGGCUGCAGGGGGCGGAGCCUGAGGAGGAGUACGGCGGCUUCACAUCAUCAUCAUCACCAUCAUGCUUCUCCUCUCAUCCUCCUCUCUGCUCCUCUCUGAGCUUCAGUCCUCUGUUCUCAGCUCCGGUCCACGUGUUCCAGCCUCUGCUGCCGUAUCAGCGUUAUUAUGCAUGAUGGACUUCAACGUGUGCAGCUGCAGGAGGCGUCCGUGCACAAACACGGCGCCACAAAGACUAAAAUAUUUUCUUAUGUUAUAUAACUUAUUCUGAUAAACAUUUGGUGUUAAGUUUGCUCCUUUAAUUUAUUAUUUUUAACGUGAUAUGUGCCCUGAAGGGACGUAUAGACAUAAAGUGAUUCUGCUCCUCACAUAAACAUGAAUUACUAAAGAAAUAAAUAAAGAUAUUUUAUUUUUAUACUCAUGAA